UUCAAAUCAUUUUGAAAGCCUCCAGGAACAAAUAACUAUGCACGUCCGAGUCCCAAACAUACUCUAUCAACGAUAAUCUCAAUGCAUCCUCUCUAAGAACCCUAACCCCCCGAGAUGCAUACUGAAUCGAAGUUCCAUCUUUGGUGAAUUGAGGUGACCCAAUUCCCCAAUCCAAACCCUAAGUUAUGAAACUCCGAUUUAAAUACCCUAAUUUCCCUUUUCUUGUUGGCCCCAUGGACCCCCCCUUGUCACCACCGUCCAUCGCUAACGCCACACUUUCCCCGCCGCCUGCCGGAGACGCAGAUGGACCCUUCGAGGAUGCGUGGUAUGGCAACAUCCAGUAUCUUCUCAAUAUCUCCGCUAUUGGGGCUUUGACCUGCCUGUUAAUCUUUGUCUUCGCGAAGCUCCGCAGCGAUCACCGACGCGUGCCGGGGCCCACCGCCAUCGUAUCCAAGCUUCUCGCUGUUUGGCAUGCGACAAGCCGCGAGAUUUCGCAUCAUUGCGGUGCUGACGCCGCGCAAUUUCUCCUCAUCGAAGGCGGCAGCUCCGCUAUUCUUCUCUUCCUUGCCGGCUUGGCUGUUGUUGUUAUGCUUCCUGUUAAUAUUUUUGCGGGCAGUGCGCCGAUUUCGGAUGAAUUUUCAAAGACGACGAUAAAUCACAUUGUUAAAGGUUCGCCUUUGCUCUGGGUGCACUUCGUUUUUGUUGUUGUGGUUGUUUUUCUGGUGCAUUAUGGCAUAAAUGAGAUUGAAAGAAGGUUAAGAAUAACCAGGUUUAGAGAUGGGAAUGGGAAUCCGAGUGACCCAAGUGCAAACUCGAGUGCAAUCUUCACGAUCAUGGUUCAUGGGGUUCCGAAAACUUUAGGGUUCGAUAAGACUCCAUUGGUUGAGUAUUUUCAGCAUAAGUAUCCAGGCAAGAUAUACAAUGUGGUUGUGCCGAUGGACUUGUGUGCAUUAGAUGAUCUAGCUACAGAGUUGGUAAAGGUAAGGGAGAACAUUUCCAAGCUGGUGGCAAAAAUUGAAUUGAGGGGGUUGGCAGAUGAGGGUGAGGAUGUUGAUGGUUAUACUGGGGAAGAGAGGGGGUUUAGAGAUAGGUGGCGGAUUCUUUGGAGGAGAGUGAAGGAUCUGUGGUACAGGGCAGCUCAUGAACUGGGUUUUUCAGAUGAGGAGAGACUGAGGAAAUUGCAAGAGUUGAGAGCUGAUCUGGAGAUGGAGAUGGCAGCGUACAAAGAGGGACGAGCAAGAGGUGCUGGAGUUGCUUUUGUGGUGUUUAAGGAUGUUUACACUGCAAAUAAGGCGGUUCAGGAUUUUCGCAACGAGAAGAGGAGACGGAUUGGGAGGUUCUUUUCAUUGAUGGAGUUGCAGCUUCAAAGAAACCAAUGGAAAGUGGAGAGAGCUCCAUUGGCCAGUGACAUAUACUGGAAUCAUUUGGGAUCCUCAAAGGUUUCUUUGAAAUUACGGAGAGUUCUUGUCAACAGUUGCCUGCUGUUGAUGCUUUUGUUCUUCAGUUCUCCUCUUGCUGUGAUUAGUGCCAUCAAAAGUGCAGCUAGGAUUGUUAAUGCAGAAGCAAUAGAUAAUGCUCAGAUGUGGUUGACUUGGUUGCAAAGCUCAAGCUGGAUUGCUACCAUAAUAUUUCAGUUUCUGCCUAAUGUUAUUAUUUUUGUGAGCAUGUAUAUAGUGAUACCAUCAGUUCUUUCAUACCUUUCAAAGUUUGAACGGCAUCUUACAGUGUCCAGGGAGCAACGAGCUGCAUUGUUAAAGAUGGUUUGCUUUUUUCUGGUUAAUCUCAUUCUCUUGAGGGCUCUGGUUGAAUCAUCAUUAGAAGGUGCAAUUUUAAAGAUGAGCAGGUGCUAUUUGGAUGGUGAAGAUUGCAAACGGAUUGAGCAAUAUCUGAGUGCUUCAUUCUUAUCAAGAUCAUGCCUGUCCUCUCUUGCAUUUCUCAUUACAAGCACUUUUCUGGGAAUAUCUUAUGACCUAUUGGCUCCAAUACCGUGGAUUAAGAACAAGCUUAGGAAGUUUCAAAAAAAUGAUAUGCUCCAGCUGGUACCAGAAAGAAGUGAAGAUUAUCCUUUACAGCAUCAAGACACAGAUAGCCUGCAGAGACCCCUGAUAUCUGAAAGGGUAUCUGAGGUUAUGGUUGGCAAUAAUGAGUUCUUAAACGGGUCCUCCCCAACAGCAAUAGAUUUUCCUGGGCAAGAUCUGUCUGAGUAUCCUCCAAUCAGCAGUCGAACAUCUCCAGUGCCCAAACAGACGUUUGAUUUCGCGCAAUACUAUGCAUUCAAUCUCACAAUAUUUGCCCUGACCCUGAUUUAUUCUUCAUUCUCUCCUCUUGUGGUUCCAGUUGGUACAAUUUAUUUUGGCUACAGAUAUGUUGUUGAUAAAUACAACUUCCUAUUUGUGUAUAGAGUUCGAGGUUUUCCUGCUGGCAAUGAUGGAAGGUUGAUGGAUACUGUACUCGGUAUCAUGAGGUUUUGUGUUGACUUGUUCCUUCUUUCAAUGCUAUUGUUCUUUUCAGUACAUGGGGACUCAACAAAACUUCAAGCCAUAUUCACUCUCGGGUUACUGGUAAUGUAUAAACUUUUGCCUUCUGAUCAAGAUGGUUUUCAGCCUGCUCUGUUGCAAGGCAUGCAGAAUGUUGACAGUGUAAUCAAUGGAUCCCUUGACUAUGAGGCUUUUUCACGGCCCACGUUUGAAUGGGAUACUUGUAAUUCAUGAUUGUGUGUAUUUAAUAGUGGAAAAUCAUUUGUUUCUUUGA